GUAGACCUCCAAACCUCCACAGAUCCACCGCAGACUUUUCACUUUUCUCCCCCGGUAAAGAGAAGGCUGCCCGUGUUUUUGUGUCAGCACCAUGGUCAGCGCUCGGGCUCUCUUCCUCGCGGCCACCUGCUGCUGCGCCUACCUGUGGCUCGGUCGUGCAGAAGACUCCUCCCUGGAGACGCGCUCAUUGGAUUUCCCCCUGAAAACCCAACAGGAGAAAGACCUGAUUGACGCCUUGCAAGAAGUUUUGGAGAAACUGAGAAGCAAAGAGAUGCCUUUAGAGAAAAAACAUGGCUGGCUGCCUUCGUGUGACGCUGGAGAGCCGUGUGCCGUGCGUAAAGGCGCGCGCAUCGGCACGCUAUGCAGCUGCCCCCGGGGGACUUCCUGUAACUUUUAUGUUCUCAAAUGUUUGUAAUGAAAAAACUCUAAAAAAAACAGGAGGGAUGUAUUAAGUAUGGAGUGUAAAAAUGUAAUGCACUGUCAUUGUGAGAAAAAUAAAUGUAACAUGUUGUUAUCCCUAAAGGGCGAUUUUAUUUU